GCUACGGCUGCGAAAAACUAGAAUCCGCUCAGCCGGCAUCGAGUGCGCGUCGGAUUGCUUUAACGUUUUACCAGUUCGUGGUACGGAGGUGCAAUCGAAACAGAAAUUCAAAUCAGGAGCACACACAAUGGAGUUUCUUUGCUGAGAAAAAGGAGCUGAGGAAAGAGAUAUAAUGUGUCUAUUACUUGUUCGAAUGUGAUAAUAAGUGAAUAACGGAAACAACAGUGAUCGAUCGUGUUCACCAAAACAGUGUUUGCGCGUGGGAGUUUGAAUUGAUUGUUGAACAAAAAAAUCAAACUUCUUCUCGUCCAUCCUCCCGCUGGAAUUGAAAGAAUGCAUUUACGGGAUAGUGGAUUGGGGUUGGCGGACACCCUUAGAGUGCUAAAGGAAAAUCUUAGAAGAUGUCAUGGCGACUUGGUAGCGACAGGAAGCCCUACAAUCAUGUGCAGUUCGUUACCGUCUCACUGGAGGUCAAACAAGUCUCUUCCGGUGGCAUUCAAGGUCAUAGCUCUCGACGAUAUCGUGGACGGCACACAAGUUACCAUCAAGGCUGGCAAUGACGAAAACUGUUGCGGCGAACUGAGGAAUUGCACGGCGAUCAUGAAGAAUCAGAUCGCCAAGUUCAACGAUCUUAGAUUCGUCGGUCGUAGCGGAAGAGGAAAAUCAUUUACUCUAACGAUCCAGAUCAACACAGUACCGUACCAAGUAGCCACGUACAACAAAGCUAUCAAGGUUACAGUAGACGGACCGCGUGAACCGAGAUCCAAGUCGAAUUAUCAUUACAACACCGGUUACCCUGGGCUUCAUCUCUUCCAUCCCUGGCUGGAUUCUGCGUACUUUUCUGCACACUGGCCCCUGCCGUCUCCCGUUCUGCCCAAUGGAGUGGUACCAUCCUCCGACCUAUUUAAUCGAGCCUUCUCGCCGAUUCUGACGUAUCCGCUCGAAUACAUCGGCAGUUAUCCCGAUUACACGGCGAGUAAUUUCGCGACGGCGAACGUGCCGACGACGAACGCCGCGAUGACGCCGGUCCUGACGAUCGCGCCGAGUCCGUCCAGAACGCCGCCCAGCCCGAGCGAGUCUGGCAGCGAGUCCGCGGCCGAGGAGGUUCGAAGUGCCUUCGUGCCGCUUCGACACAACACCUUGCCGGCCAGCACGUCCUCGUCGUCGUCGUCGCCGGACCGGAACGCCCGAAGGCCGACCGAGGGCACGAGGAACGAGCUAAAGGCGCCCACCGAGCUCAUCUCCCAGAGAUUAUCGCCAACGCAGAGGAGGAGUCCGUCGCCGACGAAGCUGUCGCCGCCGACCGCGAAGGUCUGGAGGCCGUACUCGAGAUCGUAGAUCGUAGACCAAAUCAAUAGCAAGAAACGACGUCUCAAGUAUCUUAGAAGAAGGCUAGUGAAAACGUAUCGCCGUGAUGGUAGACGAGAAACUUUUUGAAAUUUACGAGUUACAUCACUUUUUCAAGAAGAGAAUGAAUCGUAAGAAUGCGAAUAGGAAUACGAAUUCUAAACAGUUUGUGAUUCGCCGAUAAAAUUAAUCGUUUUCUUUUCUUCUUGUGAACGACACAGCUUUCAAACGGUUCCGAGAUGUGUUUCGAAGAUGACACUUCGUCUACCAUUGCGGAUACGUGUUUCAAGUUUUACAAAUUCGCGAUGAAUUUUAUAAAUUUCAUUAAAUGAAAAUUAUAAAAUUUGCGGCGAAUUUUAUAAAUUUGGACAAAUGUACAUAUAGAAAUAAAUUGUAUAUAUACCGUGUGUAUAUACGCAUAUAUACCGUGUAUAUAAUUCGUGGACAAUAAAAUAGUUACUGCAGAGAGAGAGAUGAAAGAUUUAUCUACAUUAUGUGUGUUCAUGAAAGUACAUGUAUAAAUAUGUUAAGUGAAUGAGUGCCGGAGCGGAGAGAGAAAAAGAGAGAAAGAAAGAGAGAGACAGAGAAAGGAAGACCAAAAAGACAGAGCUAUUGAUAUUAUUUAUAAGCCAGAGUUUAAUGUAAAUAGGCGGUAGAGAAAUGCAACGGAAUGAAAAUAAAAUCGAGAUCCACCCAAGGAAAAAGAAA